AUGGCAAACUCCAAGAAGAUGACUCUCGCUUUGGCGAGCCUGGCCUCGACUGUCCUAGCCUCCACUGCCCCUGCCAAACUGACAGUUGGUGUCGUCGGUGACUUUGGAUGGACAGGUUGGAAGCCCGCUCCCCUGUCGUUCUGUAACGAUGUCAUGCCCCGCCUGAUCGCCAAAAACAUCACCAUCCCCCGGGAGGUCCAGAACGACUGUGACCCGGGCGACCGCGCCGCCGUCACCAACGCAACAGCUCUACAAGGCAAGUCUCGGCAACCGAUUCUCCAGAAACUCAAAGCUUGCUUUCCUAACACUCGACCAGCCGACACCGCCGCAUACAUCGGCAAAGUCUGCGAGACGAAGAAUUGCAGCGCCUUCGUCUCCGUCGGCGACAACUUCUACGACAGCGGCGUGGACUUCACCACCGGCGGCAUCAUCCGCUUCCAGGAGGCUUGGGUAGACAUGUACCGCGGCGGCGUCUUCGACACCGCCACCUGGUAUCAAUGCCUGGGGAACCACGACGUCGUCAAGGGCCAGAGCGGCGUGGACUUCGAGACGAAGGUCGCGCCCCUCUACGACUCACGCUGGUACUUCGGCACCACCGGCCAGCCAUACUACACCUACGACCUACACGGCGCAGACUGGACCGCGACAUUCGUGGUCGUAGACUCGGACUGUUUCAUCGAGAAGUACCAAAAGAGCACAUCGGUCUACCAAAACGAGUACACAGCCAAAUGCCACGCCGAGCGGGCCACGCAGGUCGCCUUCCUGGAGCAGGCCUUCGCGGCGUCCAAGGCCGAGUGGAAAUUCCUCCAGCUUCACCACGGGUACAUGUCCGCGGCGACGAACAACACCGACGUUGCGCCGCUGAUCGCAGUCGUCGAGAAGCACGGCGGCGUCGUCCUCAACGGCCACGAUCAUUGCCUCGCGCACUUCUACAACAAUAACACGAACUUCAUCCUAGCCGGCGGUGCGGGAUACCCCGAGGUUGGAGACUGUAACAACGGGGUGCCUCUGGGCCCGUACACCAAGUGGCUGGGCGCGAACUCGCAGUCUGCUGCCAAUGGAUUCGUCACGAUGGACAUCACCCGCGAGGAGGUCAACGUCGAGUACUAUGCCCGGGAUAUGAAGUUUGAAGGAGGGGAUCUCUACCCUGUCAAGAAUGAUAUGACUCCUUCGUAUUCAUUCAAGAUCAAGACCCAUGCUAGGUGA